UUUAUAGAAACUAAAACCUCUUCCUGGACAGCUGAGGUACCAUCCCAAGUUAAAGGUCUCCUGGGCUCGUGUGUGGUGAUCCCAUGCUCCUAUGAUUACUCAGAUCCAGAUAAGGAAAUCAAUGAGUUCAGAGGGUUUUGGAUGAACACCGACAAUCAAUUUAUCGUUCACACGGAAGAGUCAGAAAUGCUGGAGGAAUUUCGGGGUCGGACUCAGCUGGUGGGAGAUGUCAGGCAGAAGAAUUGUUCCCUGAAGAUCGAUCGUCUCAAUCAACAGGACGUAGGACCUUUCUUUUUCAGGAUUGAAAUCGAAGGCCAUGACAAAUAUUCUUACUCGAAAAACUCAACCUUAAUUUCAGUGGCAAGUGAACCAGACCCUGUUUCUAUCUUUGUGAAAGAGGAGCUGAAGGAGGGUCAGACUGUCUCUGCUUCCUGCUCUGUUUCUCACUCCUGCCCCAGCAAUCCUCCAGUCUUCAACUGGAAUCACCAUGGAGAGCAGAGUUUUCGGUCGCAACAGCUUGAACAUGGUCAGUGGAACGCAACGUCCGUUCUGGCAUUACAUUUGAACCGCGCGGACCACAACAAGAAUUUAGAGUGUACUGUCAGAUUCCAGGGAGGCAUGCAGCGUAAUGCAUCCAAGCUCCUGAAAGUAAAAUAUGCUCCCGCAAAGGCCUUGGUCUCGUAUGAGCCGAACAUAAAGGAGGGAGACACUGCCAAACUCAGCUGCUCCAGUGAUGCUCAGCCCCCCAUCAACAGAUAUAAAUGGCUUUAUGAAACUGGUGGGCAGGUGUUUGAGGGGAAUCUCCACGAGGUGAAUAAUGUCUCUAGACACAUAGGAGUGUUGUACUGCAUGGCCAUCAAUGAGGAAGGGCACGUCAAGUCCAAACCUGUGCAGCUCAAUGUGUUAUAUGCCCCUGAAAUUAAGAAUGAAUCUGCAUGCUCCUUGGAGGACAACUUGAUCCAGUGUAAUUGCAUGGUGGACUCCAAUCCUGCCAGCAUAGUCUUUUUCAGUCUGGGUAACAAACUUCUGCAAGCCACCAGAGGAAAGGAAGCGGGGAACUUCUUCAUUCAGGCCCCGGUAGCUGAGUUUGCAUCCUCUGAAUCUGUGAGCUGUUGGGCAAAAAACACUGAGGGCAGUGCAACCCUCUCCCUGUCUGUACCUUCUGACGGCAAAAUGAUGGUCAUUUUGAUCGUCACAGGAGCGGUGGUGAUACUUUUAGUAAUUGUGGGAGUUGUUAUAAAAUGGUGUAGUUCUGAAGACAUCAGCCGCAUUACAGGCCUCAGAGAUCGAGCCCUGGAGCUCCUACAGCAGGGGUGGUCACGCUUUCUUGGCAUGUGUAGCUCUGCAGACUUCAGCCGGAUUACAGGCCUCAGAGAUCGCCUCAGAGAUCGAGCCCUGGAGCUCCUACAGCGGGGGUGGUCAUACUUUUUUGGCAUUUCUGAUCAAGAGUCAACUCACGACUCUGAGAUUUACGACAAUAUUUCAUCAGUUAUGCACAAGGAGAAUGAUGAGGAUGAAGCAAUUUAUGCAAACCCAUGACCAGAGGAAGAAGAGUCGUUCAACAGUUUCCAGUCCAGAUCAAGACAGCUGUGACAAAUUCAAAUAUUAACCUCUGACGUGUUGACUUCAGAAUAAUAUGCUUCCCUGUCAUUAAUAACGCUUUACCGCUGUCAUUGCUUUAUGUAUCAAAUAGUGUAUUAUGAAUGGAGAUCAAUAAAUUCUUGUAAAGCUGAGCUCAGAUAA